UAAACAGGGUUCAUGUAGUUUCUUCUAAUUCUUUGUUGCCGCGACGUUAUGCAGUCGUAGCAGUGUGAUGAAAAAGUUCAUUUGAACGAGAAGAUAUAAUUCUUUAAUGAUGUCACUGAACCAGGAUAAAGUGUGAGGUGACAAGUGAAUAUUAUACAGUGCAGUGCAUGUACUGUAGACAGUGUAGUUCUUAAAUGAUCUCUUAGCUGACUUGGCCUGUGAUUGAGGUGCAAUUUAGACUAUGGCUGCUGCUUUACCCCCAGUUCCAGAGGAGCAGGCAUUCCUAGAGACUUUCUUCCAGUGCUUGAGUCAAUUUGCUUUUGAUAAAGCAAAGGAAUUGUCAGAGAAGGAGCGUGACAGCCAUGAUGCAGCAUUUGGCUCCUCCUGGGGUUUGCUCCUCAACUCCCUGGGUCACCUGGCCUUCAGCGAGAAGAUGUAUAUGUCACUGAUGUUCUUGGGGCAGAAGUGGUUCGGCAGAAAAGAUAAUCUUCGCAGCAGUUACAGUGUACUGCUGUCAGAGCUGAAGAAGAUCGAGGAGCAUGCUGCUAGUGCCUCCGACUAUCCUGGCAAGGUACGGACACCAGAGAGGAUUCUGGGACACCUCUGUGGGCAACUGUGUCAGUUUCUUACAGCAAGAGCAAAAAUGAUGGACUUUUAUGAGCAGCUGGCCACCAUGGGCAGCCAGAAGACCACUUAUGAGGACCUGGAGAACGUGAUCACAGAGAUCAUCCAGGCUCACCAGAAGAGUUUUCAUCAUCCUAUACUUAGUCCCUUGAAGAAUGCCUUCAGUUUAGAGUGUGACAUUGUUCAUAACCUGUUGCUGGCCCAGAUGGACAUGGCUCAGUUAAAGUUCCUGUCCUCUCUAAUCCAUCUUCACGAUGCUCACAGCAAGCUGGCCUCAUGGAUGCCUGCCUUACAGAGCAGAGAGCAAGGUAAAAAGCUGGGUUUUUCCCGUCAGCCCAGUAUGCCAGCUCUGUACCAGUGGCUGGUGAGAUAUAAGGCAGCUCUAGUGGCUAAGUUCAGCUUGUAUUUCUAUGAAACCUUGAGUAAGCAGGCUCCUCCUGGGGACCUGAAAGCUUUGAUAGCCAAGACUCCUGUGGAUUUCUAUGCCAGAAUUGUGACAUUCCACAAGAAGUCCGAUGCAUCCCAUGUAUCUGCGGUGUUUGAUACCAGUGGUCUCGAGGAGCCGUACAGAGGGCCUGGCUAUCACCACCCCCUAAAAAUUGUGGAAUCCCCCACGGGUCUGGACAGUUACCCAGCUGUGUUUUCGUACCCUGGGGAGCGCCCUGCUGCACACUGGCCUAAUGUAGUGAUGAUUAUCAAUGACAGAGCCCCUGAACUCAGCCAUAUUGACAAAGUGGUGCACUUCUAUGACAAGGUGACAUUU